AUGGUCCGGUUACCGCUGCCGCACCGGCUAAGCUCACACCUGUCCUCGAGGAGCGCGGCCUCGACCCCAGGCCAGAGCAGAAGCACCAGUCCCAUGCGGCCGCCGGAGCUCAAGCCUCUGAUGCUCAAGAUCACCGUGAUCCGUACACCUGGCCUAUAUCUUCCUUCGAUCCAAUUCGCUCACAAUGCCACCUGGCAGUAUCUGGUAGUGAACCUGGGAGACGCGAGGCAGUCGACGCCGACAAUACCCAAGACCCUCAACCCAGAAUGGAAUGUCUCGUUCGAAAUGCCCGUAAUGGGCGUCCCGCUAUUGGAGUGUAUUUGUUGGGAUCAUGACCGGUUUGGGAAAGACUAUCUGGGGGAAUUCGAUAUCCCCCUGGAGGAUCUCUUCUUGGAAGGCGAAGUGGACCAGCAGCCGAAAUGGUAUACUUUAACCUCGAAGCGGAAGCCGACAAAGAAGAAGGACAGCGUGAUCUCUGGCGAGAUCUUGCUCCAGUUCUCGAUCUCGGAUUCUGGGAACCCCAAUGCAUCCCCCGCGGAGAUCAGUCAGAAGUUCAGGAGCCUGGUGUCUGCAGGCGAGGAUGAGGACCAGAUCCCUCCCGGCGAACUCGACGACCUCGACCGUGAUGAAGAGACAUCCGAUGAGACCGACGACUUAUCGAAACCAGAGGUGAGGGAGAAGCGGCGGCGCAGACUCCGGCUGGCACGCUUGAAGCGCAAAUCCCUGGCGGCUCGUGCAUAUCAGUUCUCGGGCUCGGGGACUGGAGUACAGGGAAUCAUGUUUAUGGAAGUUGUCCGAGUAACUGAUCUCCCUCCCGAACGGAAUGUGACGCGCACCUCGUUCGACAUGGAUCCCUUUGUGGUGACUUCUCUUGGGAGGAAAACGCUUCGAACCCCUGUCGUGCGCCAUAACUUGAACCCGGUAUACUAUGAAAAGAUGGUGUUCCAAGUGAUGCGGCACGAACAAUUUUACACUAUAAGCUUCACGGUGAUGGACCGAGACAAGUUUUCCGGCAAUGAUUUCGUCGCCUCGGCCGGUUUCCCAUUGCAGACUCUCAUCCAGUCUGCCCCCGAGGCAGACCCGGAGUCGGGUUUGUACCGCUUUGUAGAACCACCUUCAUCGUCCGAGACUAGUCCAGUCAGCAAAUCGAGUCCCCGAUAUGGGCCCAGCCGUUCGGCUUCAUCAUCGAAUCUUUCGAAAAUGUCACGGCCUACCAUGAAGUCUCGAAACUCCGCUACCUCGCUGUCCACUCAGUCUAUUCACGACACGCCAACUAUCCUUCCACCCACGAGUGUUCCGGUCCCCGAACAAGGAAGUUUCGAGCUUGACAGCAGUAGCACGUUACAACCCCCAUCCACGACCACAGCCUCAUACGAGAGUGAUUCGGCCAUGGAUGCAGACGGGUUCCGGUCCUACGUUAUCCCUCUGACGCUGAAGAAUCGAGACCGAUGGGAAGACAAACACUCGCCUGAGUUGCACAUCAAGGCGAAGUAUUUGCCGUACAAAGCCCUCCGGCAGCAGUUCUGGAGAUUGAUGCUGAAGCAAUAUGACGCGGACGACAGCGGCCGCAUUGACAAGGUCGAAAUGACGACGAUGCUCGACACCCUGGGCUCCACCUUGAAAGAGUCGACCAUUGACGGCUUUUUCUCACGGUUUAGCACAGAGGACGAGCCUAAUGACACGAUCGACUUGACCAUCGACCAGGCCGUGAUCUGUCUGGAGGAUACUCUCCAGAUGCUCCAGAAAAAGAAUGCGGUUGCGCCUACUCCUCGCAAGCCCGCCCCUGCCCCAUCGUCGAGUGAGGAGCCAUCCAGCGGUGAUGAGCUAACCAUCGAAACAAGCACCACCCACCCGGCCAAUAUUGACCCCACCAAUACAUCAAUUCCGGUUUUAUCCAGCGAAGAGCAGCCCAGCUCAACGGACGAGUAUCUCCAACCCGACGAUCUCGCGGAUGAGAGGGGCGUGGAACACGUAGUCGAAAUUCGCGAGUGUCCGCUGUGUCACCAGCCUCGUCUUGCGAAGCGCUCUGAUGCCGAUAUCAUCACACACAUUGCUACGUGUGCGAGUCGUGAUUGGCGGCAGGUUGACAACCUGAUGAUGGGUGGCUUUGUGACCUCCAGUCAGGCCCAGCGCAAGUGGUAUUCGAAGGUGAUCACAAAAAUAUCAUACGGCGGGUAUCGACUCGGGGCAAAUUCGGCCAAUAUUCUGGUCCAGGAUCGCAUCACAGGACAGAUCAAUGAGGAGCGCAUGAGUGUCUAUGUUCGGCUCGGGAUUCGAUUACUUUACAAGGGUCUCAAGAGCCGUGACAUGGAGAAAAAGCGAAGUAUCAUCAAACAGGGCCGGAAAUACGACGAUCCUGCCUCGGCCAGCCAGAUUCGGGACUUCAUUAAUUUCCACCAGCUGGACAUGUCGGAGGUUUUGCUGCCUAUCGAGAAGUUCCGAACCUUCAACCAGUUCUUCUACCGUGCACUGAAGGCCGAUGCGCGACCGUGCUCAGCGCCCAACGAGCCCAGGGUUGUUGUGUCCCCGGCCGACUGCCGCUGCGUCGUCUUCGACCGGCUUGACGAAGCGACCAGCAUCUGGGUCAAGGGCCGAGAGUUCUCCGUCGAAAGACUGCUGGGUAAUGCCUACCCAGAAGAUGCAGCACGGUACAAGAACGGUGCCUUGGGCGUGUUUCGACUGGCACCCCAAGACUAUCACCGCUUCCAUGUUCCCGUUGAUGGGACCAUGGGCGAGCCCAGGACCAUCGAGGGCGAGUACUACACGGUGAAUCCCAUGGCUGUUCGCUCGGCGUUGGAUGUGUAUGGUGAGAAUGUUCGGGUUCUGGUUCCGAUUGACUCUGUUGUGCAUGGCCGCGUCAUGGUCGUCUGUGUUGGCGCCAUGAUGGUCGGCAGCACGGUGAUCACCCGACGUGCGGGCGACAAGGUCGCACGGGCCGAAGAGCUGGGCUACUUCAAGUUCGGAGGCAGUACGCUCCUCGUGCUGUUUGAAGAGGGGGUGAUUAAUUUCGACAAAGACUUGACGGACAAUUCGAAGGGUCCCCUGGAGACUCUGAUCCGAGUCGGCAUGUCCGUCGGCCACAGCCCAGACAUCCCCCAAUUCGAGCCCGACAUGCCCAAGAAGGCAGAGAACGUGACCGUCGAAGAGAUGCAAGAAGCCAAGCGGCGCAUCGAGGGCAGCCUGGCGCCCCCGAGCAAUCCAUCCAUGCUCGCUGCCAUCAAAUGA